AUGGGACCAACCUGGGUGAGUGCUGAUGGCGGGAAGGUCUUUCAGACACUUGGACAGUGCUGCGCCGAAAGAAGCAGGCGUGAGUUGGUCGCAAAGGCUGGUGAGAUAGGAGAGACCGAAGAUGCUGAGGAGGCAUGGAAACAGGCUUCAGUCACAUUGUGGUCACUGGCACUCAGUGCAUACGACACCAACUUUGACCCCAAAGAGGGCACAGUCCUACCUGUGAUGACCUUGGCGGUUGAUUUGCGAUUACAGAAAAUCGCUGGUGCAACCAGUACUUGGACAAGCGGAGGGGAGGAGGCUGCCAAAGCAUCCUUGGACAAGGCACGCGAGGCAAAGGACUCUGCCAAGGAAGCCCAGGCACUUCUGAAUCUAGCGUCCGUGCAGGCCUCUGCAUGGGCCUCAGCAAAGUCCACAACAGCUUUGCGGCCGAUUGGCGAUGUGCUGCAGAGUGCCCUCGCAUUGUUCGAGAAGGACAAGGACCACAACGGCGAAGCUGUUGCCUGCAACAUGCUCGCCAACUUUUAUGUUCUGGUCGGGCAGGCCAAAGAUGCUGUUAGGGCUGUGAAACAGGGGCUCGCUGCCUGCUCUUCGCGUGGCGGCAGCAGGCUCCAUGAAGUUCCCCUUCUCCACACCCUGAUGGCUGCCAGCUUCUUGAGAAACGACCCGGAUGAGGCACUCAGGGCCAGCCAAGAGGUGGCCCAAAUCUGCCGAGAGGCCAAAGAGGCCAAAACUUCAGCAGUUUUGUCAUUGGCCGAUGCGUGCACAGCCCAGGCACAUCUUGCCAACGAUGAACAGGGUCAGGCUCAGCGCCUGGUUGAGGCAGCUUUGAAGGCUUCAAGGGAUGCCAAGGAUGCGGAUGGCGAAAUUCUUGCUCUCGGCACCUUGCAGGAGAUCGCUUUUGCCAUUGGAAAGCCCGUCUCCGCACUGAAGGCUGCACAAGACCUUCUUGAGAAGGAGCGUCGGCGUGGAAUUAAGGAAGCUAUUGCCAGGGCUCAGCUCCUGGUGUCCGCGUCAGACACAACUGCAGCCUCCUCCAGUGAUCUGGCUCAACAAGCCAAAGAGCAAUAUGCUUCGCUCAAGGACAAGGUGGGUGAAAGCCUGGCAUCCGUGUCAUUGGCACGAGCUUUCCUCACACUUGCGAAGAUCACAGAGGCGACCAAGACUGCAAAGGAGGCAAUGGCUUCCUUCCAGGCCAUCCAGUCAGAAGUUGGUCAAGGCUUUGCCAGCUGCCUCCUGGCCCUGCUGCAAGUCCGCCAGGAGGAUCCCGUGGCCGCGGAGCGCCUGGCUCGAGAGGCUCUGGGUCUGUUCCAGGAAGGCCGCCACCGAGUCGGACAAGUCUUAGCAGAGUUGCUCGUCAGGAAGUCACAACAGCUCCGAGAGAAGCCCGCGGAGUGCAAAUUAGUCAUUGAUGACUUUUCGGUAGCUCACGUGGAAAUCAGCGGUGUGUGCACGCCGAAGUCUUUGGAAGAGGUUCUCAAUGCACUUCAUCAGGCUCGGUGCAAGGAUGGAGUUAAGGCUGUGGUAUUACUUCUUCAAGGGGCCAAGGGUCCAGUGAAUCCUGCAGGGCCAGGCUUUGGAGGAUGGGCAUCGCCACAGAAGCAGGCUGUUGCAAGCGGUACGUUUCUUCUUGGCUUGCGAACGCUAGGGUUGCCAUGCGUGGCCGCCUGCUGCGGGAAGGUUGCCGGGCCUGCUUGGGGUUUGGUGCUGGCAGCGGACUACCGUCUUGCUUCGGCAACUUCCAGCUUCAUCUUGCCCAUCUGGGGACCUCCCGAGUGCUUCGGGGACUUGGUUGGGCACACGGUCGCUAUGCAACUCUGCUAUAAUCAGGGUCCUGUGAAUGCGCUGACCAUGCUUGAAUAUGGUGUAAUUCACCAGUGCCAAAGAGGAGAUGAAGACACAAAGAAAGCUGCGGCUGAGGUGGCGAGGAGAAUAGCUUCAACACCCGCUUUGGCUUGCCAUCAAGCCACGGCAAUGCUGAGUCCGGCGAUUGAAAAAUAUGCUUCCAUUGUGGCUCGUGGAGGAUUGCGAGCCUAA